AUGAAUCAUCUGAAAAUAGUAUCGAGAAAAGAUCUAUAUGAUGAACCCUUUUCUACAAUAGAUGAUGAAUCAUUAGAAGGCAAUAAUAGAGUAAUUUUAGCAGAACCAAUCUUUGAAAUAGUUGAAGUUGACAAUAUAAAUAAUAAGGAAGAUAGUAAUAAGGGAGAUAGUAAUAAUGAAAAUGAUGAUGAAGAAAAUAAUCAGGUUCACGAUGAAUUUGAUUUCCCACUAUUCUCAUUUGGAGCUUCUUUCCCCAUCAGUAAUGUUGACCAGGUAGAGACAAAUUCAGAAGACAUUGCGGGUAGAGGAGGAUCAGAAGUUAAACUGAUGAAAAUUUCUUUAAGAGAACCGUCACCUGAAAUUACAAAUACGGAAAGACCUGAUUCUUAUUACUUUGCAACAUAUACAGAAGAUGACAAACGAAAUUUUGAGAAAAGUGCUAUAGAAUUUGAUGCUAUAUUCGAAGAUAAAGCUAUAAAUAUUAAUAGACCAGGGAAGAAACAUAAAAUUAUUGUUCUUGAGGAUUAUAAUAAAAAGAUAAAUGAAUUAAAUGAGAGAGCAAACAUACUAAGGAAACGAAGACCAGGUAAGAAACAAAGGGUUGCUAAAAAGUUGGCAAAGGAAAAGAUUAAAGAACGUGAACAGCUACUGAAGACACUGAAAAAGGAAAAGAAGAAGAUGUUUAAUAAACGUGGUGGUAAGAAGAAUAAAAAGAAGGAAACGUUGAAUCCAUUAAAAGAUGCUGCUGCAACCAUAAUUCAGAACUGA